AUUUAUUCCACAUCACAUGUAAAAUAUCUCAACAAAAAUAUAUUGAGGAGGAAGUAUUAGAAGAAUAAAAAAAUGGCAAAAUUGUUCAUUAAGCAAGCAAAACAAUAUGCAGAAGGCAGGCCAAGUUAUCCGCAAGAUUUGUUCCAAUUCAUUGCUUCUAACACUCCAAUUAGAGAUCUCGCAUGGGAUGUUGGCACCGGAAGCGCCCAGGCUGCUCAAUCUCUUGCUAGGAUGUACAAGAAUGUAAUAGCCACAGACACAAGCCUAAAGCAGCUAGAGUUCGCACCGAAAAUCUCCAACGUUCGAUAUCAAUGCACUCCUCCGGUCAUUCCGAUGAACCAAUUCGAAGAAUUAAUUUCAUCGGAAUCCAGUGUUGACUUAGUUACAGUUGCUCAAGCCCUCCAUUGGUUUGAACUCCCCACAUUUUAUGAGCAAGUGAAGUGGGUACUUAAGAAGCCUCAUGGAGUCAUUGCAGCCUGGUGCUAUACAGUGCCCGAAGUUAACGACUCUGUAGACUCUGUUUUCAAACCAUUUUACACCGUUGAUUCCAAUCCGUAUUGGGAUUCAGGCAGAAAAUGGGUGGAUGAUAAGUAUACAAAUAUCGAAUUUCCGUUUGAGCCGGUGGACGGAUUUGAUGACACUGGGCCGGUUAAGUUUGUGACUGAAAAAAUGAUGAAGUUGGAUGAGUAUUUUACUUAUUUGAAGUCUUGGUCGGCUUAUCAAACUGCGAAAGAAAAAGGUGUUGAUCUUUUGAGUGAUGAAGUGACUCAAAAGUUUAAGAAUGCUUGGAUUGAAGAUGGGCAAGACAAGAAAGUUGUUAAGUUUCCUGUUCAUUUGAGGAUUGGUAAGGUGGGGAAUUUGUAAGAAUAAGUGUAUUAUAGUAAUAUAAGACAUAAAAGAACUAAUGAACUAAAACCUAAUAAGACUUGCGGGCGUGUCUGAGUAUCUUAUGAUCGAAUGCGACUUGGCAUUCGAGUAGUCUGACAUCAAACUCGAUUCAAUUAACAUCAAAUUGGUUUUGAGUAUUGUUCGAGUCAUUUCGAGUAUUUUGCGAGGUAAUGCAACUUGAUUACAUUCCAUUUUGCGGGUUUGUAACAUGCAUCGCGCAUUUGUAAAGAGUAAACGUGGAUAAUUGUUCGUUGCGAAUAA